ACCUCAUCACAUAACCAUGAGUAACCAUGACCGACUCGUGUCCCCUAUACAUUAAAAUCUCUCUCUCUCUCUCUUUCAAUUUUUUUUAAAUUUUUACCCCCUUUUUCCUCCCCAAUUUCGUUGUUUCCAAUUGGUAAUUACAGUCUUGUCUCAUCGCUGCAACUCCCGUACGGACUCGGGAGAGGCGAAGGUCGAGAGCUGUGUGUCCUCCGAAACACGACCCUGCCAAGACGCACUGCUUCUUGACACGACGUACAUCCAUCCCGGAAGUGUCGGAGGAAACACCGUAAACCUGGCGACCUGGUCAGCGUGCUCUGCGCCCGGCCCGCCACAGGAGUCGCUAGUGUGCGAUGAGAUAAAGAUGAGACAAGGAUUUCCCUGCCGGCCAAACCCUCCCUAACCCGGACGAUGCUGGGCCAAUUGUGCAUCGCCCCAUGAGCCUCCCGGUCGCGGCCGGCUGCGACAGAGCCUGGGCUCGAACCCAGAAUCUCUGGUGGCACAGCUAGACCACUGCACCACCCGGGAGGCCCCGGAGCUCUCUCUCUCAAUUUAAUUCAAUUCAAAGGGCUUUAUUGGCAUGGGAAACAUAUGUUUACAUUGCCAAAACAAGUGAAAUAGAUAAUAAACCAAAGUGAAAUAAACAAUCAUGAAUGAACAGUAAACAUUACACUAACAAAAGUUUUAAAAGAAUAGAGACAUUUCAAAUGUUAUAAUUCAAGUGCAAACAGAGUGAGCCGUGCGCCAGACUGAGUUCUGGAGGAGAAAUGGAAAUGAAUGAGGGAGAGUUAAGUGAGGUAGAAGGUGUGGUGAAGAGUUCAGAACCAGAGCCUGGCAUCAAUGGACAUGAUAAAGAAGAAUCUGGUGCAGUAGGAGUUACAUUGUUGGAGAAAGUGGAUCCAUACCUUUUGGCAGAUCCAUUAGUGGUUUCAGGGUGGGUGGGAAAGGAGUUGGGUCCAGUAGGAGUUACAUUGUUGGAGAAAGUGGAUCCAUACCUUUUGGCAGAUCCAUUAGUGGUUUCAGGGUGGGUGGGAAAGGAGUUGGGUCCAGUAGGAGUUACAUUGUUGGAGAAAGUGGAUCCAUACCUUUUGGCAGAUCCAUUAGUGGUUUCAGGGUGGGUGGGAAAGGAGUUGGGUCCAGGAGGAGUUACAUUGUUGGAGAAAGUGGAUCCAUACCUUUUGGCAGAUCCAUCUGUGGUUUCAGGGUGGGUGGGAAAGGAGUUGGGUCCAGUAGGAGUUACAUUGUUGGAGAAAGUGGAUCCAUACCUUUUGGCAGAUCCAUUAGUGUUUUCAGGGUGGGUGGGAAAGGAGUUGGGUCCAGUAGGAGUUACAUUGUUGGAGAAAGUGGAUCCAUACCUUUUGGCAGAUCCAUCUGUGGUUUCAGGGUGGGUGGGAAAGGAGUUGGGUCCAGUAGGAGUUACAUUGUUGGAGAAAGUGGAUCCAUACCUUUUGGCAAAUCCAUUAGUGUUUUCAGGGUGGGUGGGAAAGGAGUUGGGUCCAGUAGGAGUUACAUUGUUGGAGAAAGUGGAUCCAUACCUUUUGGCAGAUCCAUUAGUGGUUUCAGGGUGGGUGGGAAAGGAGUUGGGUGCAGUUGAAUCAGUGAAGGUAACCUGUAGUGGACUUGUGAUAUUUGUUUUUGUUUCUUAUGACCAGAGGGAGUGGGCGCUCCGUGUCACGCAACUUGGGUCAAGAUCUGAGGAACUGAGGAACAUGGGAAACAGAUGUUUACAUUGGUCAGGAUCUGCUUCUUGCUUUGCUCUUAGGAACACCAUUUAAAGGAGUGAUUUUUAAGGAGUUUCAGGUGCAACGUUUAUGGUUUGUAGACAAAAGGAAAGAUUUAUAUUUUAUUUUAUAGUUUACGUGAGUCAUUUAGCAGACACUCUUAUUAUUAUUUUCCAGUUUGGUCCUAAGAACAGGUUUUAGUGGUAAAAUAAAAAGGUAGACAUUUUUUGGUGCCAUUUAGGGGAAAUGUAAUUCUAAGGAUCAUUCCAGUCAGAAGAGGCUCUGUGAAGGUUCGUUUCAAUUCAUUUGCUAUGGCCUCGCUAGUGUUCCAGCUCAGACAACGUUCUUUGGCCGUUUUGACUCGUUCUAUUGUCCAGCCUACUAGGACUCAGGGGGCAGAGGCUGGGUCUAGCUCUGCUACGGGGCAGGCUACUGGAGGGGGUACCAGGAGGGAGGAGAGUAGAGCAGGACCAAGAGGUGUUCUGUACCUGUCUGUCCAGGAGGGAGGAGGGAGGAGAGUAGAGCAGGACCAAGAGGUGUUCUGUACCUGCCUGUCCAGGAGGGAGAAGAGUAGAGCAGGACCAAGAGGUUUUCUGUACCUGCCUGUCCAGGAGGGAGAAGAGUAGAGCAGGACCAAUAGGUGUUCUGUACCUGCCUGUCCAGGAGGGUGGAGAGUAGAGCAGGACCAAGAGGUGUUCUGUACCUGUCUGUCCAGGAGGGUGGAGAGUAGAGCAGGACCAAGAGGAGUUCUGUACCUGUCUGUCCAGGAGGGGGGACAAGACCUGGUGGACCUGGAGAGCAGGGUGGCAUCAUUCUGACCCAAUGAGGUGCAGAGGCUACUGUAACUACUCUCUCUCUCUCUCUCUCUCUCUCUCUCUCUCUCUCUCUCUCUCUCUCUCUCUCUCUCUCUCUCUCUCUCUCUCUCUCUCUCUCUCUCUCUCUCUCUCUCUCUCUCUCUCUCUCU